GCUAACUGCCCCCUGUUCCCCCCCCAGCUGGCCAUGCUGGACACAGGGGCCCAGGACUGGCGUGUGGCUCUGACCCCCCGCCGGGCCCUCUGGGCGGUGCUGGAGAUGGGGCUCUGCGCUUUGCACCCGGGGGUGCGGGGGCUGCCAGGUGCCCCCUGCCCGCCCCCCCCGGGCCCAUGGCGCAGAGCGUUGGCGUUGGCCAUGUUGGGCCGUUUGGCGUUGGCCCCCCGGGCCCUGCUGGCCACCCCCGGACCAGCCCCCGCUUUUCGCAGCCUCGGGGCUAUGGGGGCUGUGGCUGUGGGGGGGCCCUUUGCCCUCCGGGCCCUCCUUUGGCGUCACCCCACGCGGGCGCUGCUGGGGGCGGCGGGAGCUGCGUGGGUGCUGGGGGCCUGGCUGCUGGCGGCCUGUGAGAGGUGGGUGCUAUGGGGUCCCGCGGGCUCUUGGGGGGCUCUGUGGGGUCUCUAUAGGGUUUCUAUGGGGGCUGGGGGAGAGUCUGUGGGCAUCUGUGGGUUUCUGGGGGGGUCUAUGUGGGUUGGGCACCUAUGGGAGAACUAUGGGUUCCUGGGAGGGUCUGUGGGGUCUCUGUGGGGUCCCCAUGGGGGCUCUGUGGGGCUUUAUGGGAACCUGCACUGCCUCCCACCCCUGCCCCAUAGGGAGGCCCCGGAAGGGCGCUGGGACCUCUCUGCGGGGCUGUGGCUCGUCCCUGUCACCUUCCUGACCGUGGGCUAUGGGGACACUGUGCCCCGCACCGCCUGCGGCCGCCUCGUCUGCCUGGCCACCGGCGUCAUGGGCGUGUGCUGCACGGCGCUGCUGGUGGCCGUGGCCGCGCGUCACUUGGAGUUCACGCGGGCGGAGCGGGCGCUGCACGGCCUGGUGCUGGGGGCUCGCAGCCAUAAACAGGUGCGCGCCCGCGCUGCACGGGUGCUGCAGAGCGCGUGGAGGCUGCACCGUGCCCCCCCCGUGGCCCCCGGCCGUUGGCGCUUGGAGCGGCGGCUGCUGGCGGCCAUCGAGGGGUUCCGUUACGCGCGGCGGCAGCACCGGCGCCUGCAGGAGGAGGCGGAG